AUGAAGCGGACCAACGACGAACUCGCCGUCAAGAUGGCGAUUGAGGGGAAGAAGGAGGGCUUGACGUACGAUGAGUAUAGGAAGAGACUGAAGGAUGAGCUCGCAACCCGCCAGGCAGCGCUGCACAAGAAGUACAGCACACACCCCACGACCACGAUGCUCGUGCCCCUCGCAGUCUCAGUCCCCCUCUUCAUCGUCAUGAGCAUGACGGUCCGCCAAGCUGUCACGACGUACCCCGAGCUCGCGGCGCAGUCUUUUGCGUGGAUCGAGCACAUGGGUCAGCCUGACAAGAUGUGGAUCCUGCCGAUGGUGGCUGGGCUGUUAGGCUUCGGAAACGCCGAGCACGCAACGUCACGUUACGAGGCGAGGAAGGAAGCUGCUGAGGCUUCGUCGUCUCCGUCCUCUGGGCCCUCCUCUCCUCCCCCUCCCCCCUCCUCUUCCCCCUCAUCAUCCCCCGCUUCUUCGAAACCGCCUCCCGCCUCCGCGCCUCCUCCGUGGCAGUCGAAGACUCGCAAGUUCUCCACCACGUCGGUGCGGGACGACCAGCACAGCGGCCCACAACAUUUCGGCAAGCGACGGGUCGCGGCAAAGCCACGUGCAGUCGCGCAGAUUCCCGGCGCGCCAAAGCCCAUGCCCCAGCCGGUCAAGGUGAAGAGGGUAAAGGGGCCGCAGGCCGCCGACAUGGUAGAGGAGACGCACUGGGUCGCAAAGCUGGUGCCACAGAACCGCGAGUGGAUCCAGAAGGCAUUGACGAUGACGCUGCGCGGUGCGAGCUUCCUCGUCAUUAUUGUGGGAUUGCAGAUGCCUGCGGCCGUCGUAUGGUACUGGACGUGCAGUAUGAGCUUCACGUUCCUCCAGAACAUCUACUUUGACCGGGCGGACCGGCAGGAGCGCGCCGAGGUCGAGGCGCUCAAGCGGGCAUAG